AUGAAAUGCAAAGAAGUCAUACCGCAAAAACAAAUCAAGUUUGGUCUGCAUGCUGGGUGGCAUCAUCAGCAAUGCCUCUUUUCCAACAUCACUUUUGGGGGAUAUAUCGAGGAAAUGAACGGUUUUGCCUACCUGACAGAAGAGGAUCAGGAGAAACUGCUUGUGGAGUUGAAAGACUUCACGGUGCCCUACCUUGAUGAAAUUGACGAUGAUGAGGAAGACGAAAGUGGAGUCAAGAAAGGGGAGGGUAAAGAGAACGACAAGGCAGGGAAAAGGCCACCGGAUGCUACAAACGGUGACCAGAUUCCUGCCAAGAAACGGAAACAGUCUGAAGAAAACUCCAACAGGGAGAAGCUGAAGAAGCAGUCGAAUGUCCUUUGGGAGUUACGCAGAGAACUGAACGACAAUCUGACUAAAGCUGAAAUGGUAGAACUUUUGAAAGAAAAUGGACAGAAGCCUUUGAAAAACGAUAGAAUGUUGGACCAUCUGGUGGACUGUGUGGUCUUCGGAGUACCUUUGCCUUGUCCGAAGUGUGGCGGACAACUUUGUUACAGGUUUUUGCACAUUUUCAUUUGUUACUUUUCUAUUCCGUUGGAGUGUAGUUUCCUUUUUUUUUUCAAAAUUUUUAAGUAGGA